AUGACUCAAGGGUUGGCAACCAAAUAUGAAAUCAACGCCGAUAUGGGCGAGGGCUUUGGCCGCUGGAAAAUGGGACCGGACGAGGAGCUCAUGCCUUUCAUUAACGCUGCAAAUAUCGCGUGCGGAUUCCACGCUGGUGAUCCGACGAUCAUGCUCAAAACAAUCCGUCUCUGCAAACAACAUGGUGUGAAAGCAGGAGCCCAUCCAGGUCAGCAAGAUAUGUUUGGGUUCGGGCGCAGAAAGAUCGAGGUCGACUCGAAAGAUAUGUACGCUCUGGUUCUGUACCAAGUCGGUGCACUCAAAGCCAUGUUGGAUGCCGAGGGCGUAGCUCUCUCCCACAUCAAACCCCAUGGAGAACUUUACUUCUAUAUGCAGAGAGACACGACUAUCAUGAGAGCUGUACUAGAAGCUUGCGCAACAUUCAAGGUUCCAGUCUACGCCUGUCAGAAUGAGCAGCAGGAGGCCAUGUGCAAAGAACUAGGUAUUCCUUUCCAGGGGGAGGUUUACGUCGACAUUGAUUACUCGCCAGAGGGAAAACUCAUUCCUGUUGCUCAGUCAACGACCGCCACUCCUGAACUGUGUUACCAGCGAACCCUCUCUGCAACAAUGACAGAUCACGGCAAUGACAUCGAUGGCAAGGAAUUUUGCUUUGGGUUUGAGGGGAAACCUUUUAGUAUCUGCAUUCAUUCGGAUCACCCAACCGUUCUCCAGAAUGUAAAAGGAGCUCGCCAAGCUGUCGACGAAGCCAACCGUAAUCGCUUCCCUAAAGAAUCGGAGGUUGCGCCCUCAUAA